GUUGAAUUAAACUCCAUCACUCUCCUUUCAUGUUAUAACAUUAACCUUUAAUUCUUCCUCUUUUCUCUCUUUUUUUUUCUUUCUUUUUAUUAGAAAAAAAAUCGCCCUAUUAUACAUUCUAAUUAUCAUAAUAAAAACCUAGUUUUUUUAUUAUUAUUACUAUUAUCCCAUUCCUUUUCUUAUCAUGUUAAGCAGUAAUAUAAACUCAUCAAGAAAUUCGGUAACACAUAAUUUGCAAGCUAAGUUAGCUUCGGAUUAUAAUGAGUUAGUGAAGGAGCUAACCUCUCACGAAAUGACCUCAGUUGGUUGCUACACAAUUGGAAAAACAAUUGGACAAGGCACAUUUGGUAAAGUGAAAAAGGGUACACACAAGUUAACAGGAAAGCAUGUAGCUAUAAAAAAGAUCAGUAAAGAGCAUGCACCUAUGAUGGCUCGAGAAAUACAUCAUCAUCGACAACUUAAACAUCCUAAUAUUGUUAUGCUUUACGAAAUGAUUACGACCGAAACAAGUAUUCAUAUUAUAUCAGAAUAUUGUCCUAAUGGUGAUCUGUUGGAUGCAUUGACAGAAUCGGGUCGAUGCUCUGAAAUUAGAGUUAAUCGUUGGUUUCGUCAAUUGACAGGUGCUAUUAAAUAUUGUCAUCAACAUGGCAUUGUUCAUAGAGAUUUAAAAUUGGAAAAUAUAUUAUUAGAUGCUGAUGAUAAUAUUAAGAUUUGUGAUUUUGGAUUCGCUCGUUUUGCACAAAAAAAUCAAUAUUUAGAAACAUUUUGUGGUAGCCUUAGUUAUUCUGCACCAGAGAUUAUCUUACGUAAUAAAUAUACGGGUCCAGAAACCGAUAUCUGGUCUCUUGGUGUCAUUCUUUAUACCCUUAUCGCAGGUGAAUAUCCUUUUGACGAUAAUUCUGAAGUGAUGACACAGAGGAAGAUUGUUCAAGUGGAUUACGAAAUACCAUUUUAUUUUCCUGCAGAUUUACGUGAUUUAAUUCAGCAUAUAUUAAUUUUUAAUCCUGUAGAUCGACUGUCAAUAGACGCAAUUAUCGAACAUCCCUGGACAACAACGAAUCAUGAUAGUAGUGAUGAAGAAGAAUCUUGUUUAACACCAUCUACAACGGGUCAUGAUAUAUUUAGUCAGCAUAUGGAAUAUAAUGAUGAUGAUGUUGAUGUUGAUUAUUUUUCUCAACAGUUAUCACCUGAUUUCAAAUUGUUUUCACCUCAAGUAAGAUCUAGCUUAGGUAUCCAAAAAAAAUCAUCUCGUUUUUCCGCUCCAACACCACGUCAACGCCCUGCUAUCACUCCUACUUCCUUUAGAUCUUCGUUACCAACCUCAUUGGGUCGAGCAUAUAGUAAUACAAUGUCAGAAACAGAACAACGUUUGUUUGCUGCUUUGACGGCAGCUGGAUUUGAUCGAGAUGCACUUAUCAAAAUGCAAACCGGGCAAUGCGAUACUUCAAGUACAUUGUGGCAUCUCCUUUUAGAAAACAUAUCCCAUUUCUCGGACGUUGGCACUGUCUCUGAUGUCUUUGCAUCUGCUAUCGAAACCCAUCAUAAAGAAGGUGUUGAUCAAGGAGUUCAGACUGGCGAUGAAGAAAUUAAACCCUAUCCUAAACCGACCCCUAUCAAUCGACCUAUUCAAACUGUUGGAUUUGGUUCUACUACGCCACCAGCAGAAAAGCAGUCAGGAUGGUUCACAUCUGUCAAAUCCUGGUUUAGCAGCAGCAGCAGCAGCAGCAGCAGUAGUAGUAGUAGUAGUAGUAGUAGUAAUACAACAAACCACACCUCUCAAAGUCCCCUUCAUUCUUCUCCAUCUAUAGAUGUUAUGUCACCCCCUAUAUAUCGUACAGGCUCAACCCAUCAAAAACAUAGACGACGUGCGAUGCAAUUAAGUAAACCACCUAUAAAUGAGCUUGAUCAACUCACCUAUAACGGCACAACAGCAGAGCAUACACCAACAAUAGAAAGAAACCCAGUUACAAUAUUACCACCACCUUCAUUUCCUAGCGUUAUACCAAUACCACCCACAGCUGCGCUGACAAGUUUUUCAACUACAGCAGAUACGCUAUCCAUCUUAACCAACUCAAAGUCACAGCCUAUAGAGGAAGUAGAUAUAUGUUCAAAGCGGUAUUCGAUUUAUUAUCAACAACAACAACAACAACAACGACAACAGCAACAACAACUAACACCUCCGCCUUCACCGCCUGCAUUAUUAUUAGUAAAUGAGCAGUUACAAGAGCCUAUUGCUCAACCAGAGGUGAUACCUUUAACUGAGCCAAUAGAGGAGGCUACUACAGUCACUGAGCUUCCAUCUACGCCCACUUCUCCUUCAUUUCAUCACGGUCGACAUCGAUCCUCACGUUUUGAUUUUAUACCAAGAUCAAGACUAAGUAUUUAUUCACAACCAACAAAGACAAUUAUUGAAGAAGAAGAAGAAGAAGAAGAAGAAUAAAGUUUAUUACAUACGCAUACAAAUAUACAUACAUACAUAUAUACAUACAUACAUACAUAUACAUAUUAG